AUGGUUGACAACCAAGAUAGCGAAGUUCCGGAAGAAAUGCCUGGAGGUCUACCUGCAAGUUGGUUUACUAAUCCUGUACCUUCGAGAGAGUCCUUAAACCAUCAAGGGAGGGAUAUUUUGGCGCGAGAACAUCGUCAAAGAGUCUCUAGGAUAGCACAGAACGAGGUUGCAUUGCGUGACAUAUUCAGAUUCAAUAUCCAUCGUUCCAACGCGCAAUCGAAUGGCCAGGAGGGCCAUUCUGGCUCUCUUGCUGAGGCUCAGACGAAUCCAAACAACAACGAGAGCUUAUUAGUCGAUACAAGGGUCAAUAUGUUAAGUGGCGUUCCUGGGUCAUCGAGUUUGCAAUCGAAUGACCUCGCAAAGCUAUACGCAUUUCAAUCGACUUUACAGCAAAAGGUUCAAGCAUAUUUGGAUGUGAUAGAAAGGAGGAGGAAUGGUAUCUUGGAUGAAAUCGGUAUGGACAACAGUAAACUUGACAAGAUGCAACAAUCGGACUCUCCUCAAGUAGCAAGUUUCCUGAACAAGCUGCAGAGAGUGAGACUGCGUGCCAUUGAAACAGAAACCAUGGAAUUGCAAACCUUAAGGAUGAAAUUUCUGACGGUUGUGGAAGAGUAUCGAAAGGCUAUGAAUGAAUACUGCAAAGCAAAGAUGGAGGGAAAACAAGUCCAAAAUCCAACGGAUUAUUUCCAAAAUUGGGUAGAUUCCUUAGAUCCUGUUGAAACUUCAAUGUCUAAAGGGUUACAAGAACUUUUACCGGGCUCAAGAUCGAUUACAAAUAGCAUUUUAGCAUUAACAAGUAAGGCAGGUGGGCCCUCGACGUUCAAUGUUUUUCCGCUAAAUCACCUUCCAUCGGAAAUUCUGCAUUUGAUUUUAGAAAAACUCAGUCACAAUUCCGAAAUCGUCAAUCUACUGACAGUUUGCAAAUUAUGGGCUCAAAUCAUCGUCAAGAUCCUUUAUUAUCGACCUCAUAUUAAUAAACGAUCUCAAAUGGAGCUGUUCAUGAGAACGAUGACAUUAGACUCACACGAGACAAUUUUCAUCUAUCGUUCAAUGAUCAAAAGGCUCAACUUCUCCUUUGUUGGGGACCAUAUGCAUGACCAAGAGCUAUACAAUUUUGUUGGGUGUCAAAACCUUGAGCGGCUAACUUUGGUUUUCUGCAAGAAUGUCACUAGUAAAUCUAUAUCAGCAGUUUUGCAAGGUUGCAAAUACUUACAGAGUGUCGACAUUACAGGUAUAAGAGAAAUUUCGGACAACAUCUUUGAUACUUUAGCAGAGAGUUGUCCAAGAGUUCAAGGAUUUUACGUUCCGCAGGCGAAAAAUGUAACAUCAAGAGCACUGCAUAAUUUCAUCACACAUGCGCCCAUGUUGAAAAGAGUGAAGAUAACAGCUAACAACAAUAUGGAUGAUAAUCUCAUAAAUCUCUUUGCGGAGAAGUGCCCUAUGCUUGUGGAAGUGGACGUGACUUUAAGUCCCAAUGUUCAUGAUUUCAGCCUUUUGAAAUUGUUCACAAAAUUGACGCAACUACGGGAAUUCAGAAUUACGCAUAACACUAAUAUCACUGACAAGUUGUUUUUGGAGCUUUCUCAGAAAGUCAAACAAUUGCCAGCAUUGAGGCUGUUGGACCUUUCUGGGUGCGAAAAUAUCACGGAUAAGACAAUCGAAAGAGUAGUAGAGCUUGCUCCAAAAUUAAGAAAUGUGUUUUUGGGAAAAUGUAGCAGGAUUACAGAUUACUCAUUACAUCAUUUGGCGAGGCUGGGAAAAAACUUACAAACUGUUCACUUUGGUCAUUGCUUUAACAUAAGUGACCAAGGAGUUCGAGUUCUAGUUCAAUCUUGCCCCCGCAUACAGUAUGUCGAUUUCGCCUGCUGCACAAACUUGACAAAUCGCACGCUAUAUGAACUAUCAGAUCUUACCAAGUUGAAGAGAAUAGGUCUGGUGAAGUGUUCGCAAAUGACAGACGAAGGACUGCUGAACAUGAUAUCUUUGAGAGGCCGAAAUGAUGGGUUGGAAAGGGUGCACCUUUCUUACUGUUCAAACCUAACUAUCUAUCCCAUCUACGAGCUUUUAAUGGCAUGUCCACGACUUUCACAUUUAUCACUAACAGCCGUUCCAUCUUUUUUGAGACCUGACAUCACUGCUUUUUGCAGAACAGCUCCAAGUGACUUUAGUGAUAAUCAACGUCAGAUUUUCUGUGUUUUUUCUGGCAAAGGUGUUCAUAAACUUCGUCACUAUCUCAUGAGUUUAACCACUCCAACGAGUGGGCCUCAAACUGAUCUUCAUGAAGUCUUAACCAAAUACAUCGUCUCCAAGAACAUGUUACAACAGGGUGAAAAUCUGGAAGACGGAAUCAACAGAAUUACAAGCGAUUUGAAUCAAGAUUCAGCAGCUAUUUUGGCUGCCACUGGAUUGAGCCAAAUGAAUGGAGUUAACAAUGACUUUUUGUUCCAAAACAUAGAUUUUGACAGGUUGGAAGACGUUUUUAAUUGGUAUGAAACACCACCUAGAGGGCUAUCAUCAGAGGAACUAGCCACUCUGUGGUCACAGGUCGAUCAAAAAUUCUGUGAGGACCCAUUUGACGAGGAAUACGAUGGCCUUGAUAAUGUUGUGGCUCCUGGAGCAAAUUCAAACCUCAACAACGAGUUAUGUUAUAUUGUUAGAAAGCUACAUGAACUUGAUGAUCGUGCUAAUGAUUUUGAAGUCAAUGUUGCAAGCUUGGCACGGGUGCAAUUUCAGUUUACCGGGUUCCUUCUGCAUGAAAUGGCACAGAUCUACAUGCAAAUGGUUGAGCUAAAUAGACAGAUUUCACAAAUUCAAUCACGCGUUUACGAGUCCAACGUUGAGGCAGACAUUAAAGGCCUUUCAGUUUGGAGGCUUCUCUUUAUUGAGAAGUUCGUUGAACUACUUCAAAAGUAUAAACUCUCCACAGUGGUACUACGACUAUAUCUCAAGGAUAGCAUAACACUCCUCACGAGGCAACGAGAGUUAUUACUUGCUCAUCAAAGGACAUCCUGGAAUGCAAAUAAUGACAACGAGAAUUCUGACGAUCCCGCCAUUUGGCGUCAAUUCGAGAAUAAUAUGCAAAUGACUCCUGAUCAAAUGCGUAUAAUUCAAUUCGGUUUAAGGGGUCCUCCAAUUGUGGGGGAGGCCGGACUUCGACCUCUUGUGGAUGCAAACAACAACGCAAUUGACGAACGUUCGGAGACACCAGAUGACGAAACUAUCUUGGAGGACGCUUGA